AUGUCAUUUCACUAAUAAAAUAACCAACGUUCUCGUUUCCAACCCUACUUCCAGACUACCCAGGGGGGUUCUUAGAACAUCAACACUGAGAACUUAGCUGCCUAGGGCAUUGAAGUUAAUAGAAAUACAAAGGAGAGAUCAAACACGAACAGAUUGUAUGAAAACAACACAUUUAUAAACAAGACAUAUAAUAAUGUGAGAUAGUUCGGAAAAGAUCUCUCUAACAUCUAGUAAUACUAAGACGUAAAGUAGGCGUAUGGAGACGCAAAUGGGAACAAAAACAUGAACGGUCUGCAGCAUUAGCAACCCAAGAUCCUCAGAGUCAAAUCUCAAAUUGGAUCUGCCUCAUCAAACUCUUAAAAUCAACAGCAUCAUAGACUCCUCAAUAAUAAAAAUAAUGAUAGCGUUAUUAAUGGAAACCAUUUAAAUGAAUUUAACGGUCAUUAGCCUCUACCCAGCAAAUUCAUUGUAACUAAGGAGAGAAGAAUGGGGAACAGUUAGGAAGGAAGAAUGAAUGUUUCUACCAGAAGUGCAAGAGAAACUAUUUAGACUCAUCAUAAUCUAAUUGGUAAUAAUAAUCAUGGUAGCCUAAUCUCUCAGUAAAUCAGUGGCUUUCCAUCAACUAAUAACUCCCUUAUAAUGAACGUGCCUCAUUUUAAUAACACUGGAACCUUCGCAAAUCUGAAUCAACCUGACCUCAGAGUAGAAGAGGAUUACCAUCAGUAGAUUUGCUAAGUAAUUCCUAGGUAAAUUCCCGCGUAGAUUCACUAAUCAGAUUACUAAAUGGAUGAGGAGGAAAAUGAUAUUAAAAUCUUGACUGAAAGCCCCGAGAAAAAAGCUGUCCUUCAUAAAUUUUGGCAUCAAACUGUCUAGGAGUACCUUAAGCACUAGGUCUGCGAAGUUGAUAUUUAAGACGUCUCGAAUCCAUAAGCAGUUGCAGAAUUCGCUAAGGAGUGUUCUCAACAUAUGCUAAAUACAGAGAAAGAUUAUAUUCCAAGGGUCGGUUACAUGACCUCUUAGAAUGAUAUCAAUGAAAAGAUGAGAGCCAUCUUGGUUGAUUGGUUGAUAGAAGUUCAUCACAAAUUCAAGCUCCUCCCAGAAACUCUCUUUCUCACAGUCAAUCUUAUCGACAGAUACCUAGAAAAACAAGUAAUUCAUAGGACUAAACUUCAACUCGUUGGUGUUACAGCAAUGCUAAUAGCAUCAAAGUAUGAGGAAAUUUAUGCUCCUGAAGUUAGAGAUUUUGUUUAUAUAACAGAUAAGGCCUACCAAAAGGAGGAGAUCCUAAAGCAAGAAUUUGCUUUACUCACUGAGCUAGACUUCAACAUCUGCACUCCAUCAAGCUACAGAUUCCUAGAAAGAUUUUCAAAAAUCGCUAACCUCAAUUCAAAAUAAUUCAACAUGGCCAGAUAUCUCAUAGAAUUGCCACUAAUUGAAUAUAGAAUGCUUAAAUACUGCCCUUCACUUUUGGCAGCUAGCGCUCUAUACCUAGCUUUAAAAAUAAUCCCAAGGUUCGACGAAAUUAACAUAGAUAUCAAGCUACCAGCUUGGGAUGAAAAGUUACAAUAGCACUCUGGCUACAGCGAGAGUCACUUGAGACCUUGUGCCAAAGAUCUCUGUAUCUUAUUACAAGGGAUUGAGAAAUGCUCUCUAUAGGCAGUCCGCAAGAAGUUUUCAAACUCGACUUACAAUGAAGUUGCUCUUAUCCGCCUUGAACACUGA